AUGGCAAGAAUAUUUGGUGUUGAUCAAUCUCAAGGAAAUACAAGUAGGAUUGUUGGGACAUAUGGUUACAUGUCUCCGGAGUAUGCAAUGCAUGGCCAAUUUUCUGUCAAAUCGGAUGUUUUCAGUUUCGGCGUCCUGAUUUUGGAAAUCAUAAGCGGCAAAAAGAAUAGUAGCUUCUACCAAUCAGAUGGUGCCGAGGAUCUCUUAAGCUACGCUUGGAAGCUUUGGAGAGAGAACACACCCUUGGAAUUGAUAGAUCCGACGCUGCAAAACUCGUAUGCUAGGAAUGAAGCAAUUCGAUGCAUCCAAAUUGGCUUACUGUGUGUUCAAGAAGAUGUUGAUGAACGACCAAAUAUGGCUUCGAUACUUUUGACACUCAAUAGUUCUUCGGCCACUCUUGCUGUGCCUGGUCAACCUGCAUUUUUUCUCCAUAGUAAAACACGUAACGUGCCCAAAUUGCAUGAUUCAGACAAAUCCACAUCAACCUCGACAGCCUUGUCUAUAAAUGAAGCAUCAAUUACUGAAUUAUAUCCAAGAUAG